AGUCAGACUCCACGCGGAAACAACUUUUCCUUAUUUCCUUUUUAAGAUAAAAAAUAUAGUACAAUACAUUACUUACUCUAUUUAUAGCCACCAUUACUACCAAGUACUCCAACAAUCAUGAAGAUAUUCAUCCAUGGAUAUUUUUUGUUAUCCAACCUCUUACUAAUAAUUUCCAUCACUGCUAUUAUUAAUGAAGGUGAAUACAAUGAAGCAGAUUACAUGUCCGACCUUUUGAAAGCACUUACCCCAACUCCAACAGGAUGGUCUAACAAAACUCACUACUGCAAAUGGAAAGGCAUCUCUUGCAACUCUAUUCAAGCUGUUACCUCUAUCAUGCUCCCAUCAAGUUCACUCACUGGAACACUCCCUAUCAGUAUCAACACUCUCACUAAUCUCACCCACAUUGAUCUCCACAACAAUUCACUCACCGGUUCCUUGCCUUAUUUAGAUAGGCUUUACAGGGUCCAUACAAUAUCCCUUGGUUACAAUAACUUCACCUCCAUCCCAGACAGUAUUUUUUAUGGCAUAAAAGAUCUCAAAACUCUUAACCUUAGCAAUAACUUGAAUCUCCCCUCAUGGGUAUUUCCUAUGAAAGAUUUAUCUUUCUCCACUUCUUUGGAAACCCUCGAUCUCAAAGCUACGAAUAUGAUUAGCUCGUUAGAUCCGGAAAUGUUUAAUUCGUUUCCAAAUUUGCAUACUUUUAUUAUUUCUCAUAACAAAAUGGACGGAAGUCUACCCCAGUCUCUCGGAAAAUCUGCAGUGAGGUAUUUACAUCUUAACAACCAGGGAGGAUAUGGGUUUACGGGUACAAUUGACGUUAUAUCAAGCAUGAGUAAUUUAUCUCAAGCGUGGCUUCACAAUAACAGUUUCACGGGUCGAAUUCCCAAUAUUUUCAAUUGUACUAAUUUGUUUGAUUUGCAGCUUCACUCAAAUCGCUUAACUGGUUUGAUCCCACCUUCCUUACUAGCUCUAUCUAGCUUGAACAAAAUCUCUUUGGAUAACAAUAUGCUUCAAGGACCAAUACCUUUGUUCCGCAAGGGUGUUAAUGCAACAUGGAAAUCAAAUUCCUUUUGUCGAAGCGAAUUUGGACCUUGUGAUUCCCAAGUUAUGAUUUUGCUUGAAAUUUUUGAAGCUUUAGAGUCACCUUAUUUUUUGAUAAUUAAAGGGAACAAUGCUUGCACCGGAGGGUCGGCCAACGUCUUGAUUUGUUGUGAAAGAGGGAAGAUUGUUAGUUUUAAAAUCUGGAAUUUUAUUUUAAGAGGAACCAUCUCUCCGGCAUUUUCCAAUUUAAUAAGUUUAGUGAACUUGACUCUUGCUGACAAUUCUUUGACGGGAUCAAUACCAUACAGUCUUACAACUUUGCCUCAACUUCAACUUCUUGAUGUUUCUAAUAAUAAUCUAUCGGGAGCAAUUCCGAAAUUUUCAUCCAAGGUUAAGUUAAAUACCACUGGGAAUGCUUUGCUUGGCCAAACUGGAGGUUCAUCUAAAACAAACCUUAGACUUGUAAUUUGGAUUGCAGGGACAUUGAUGUUUACCGCUGGAUUUAUCAUAUUUAUUGUGUUGAUUAUUUAUAAACGUAAGAGGUAUCAUAUUUUGGUAAAAAGGUUGGUCUUUAAGAAAACAAAAAACUAUAUUGAUCACAAUGUGGAGGAUUUCAUACAGAGUUAUAACUUGUCAGUGCCAAUUAAGCAAUAUAGAUAUUCAGAAGUUAAAAGAAUGACAAACUCAUUUAGGGACAAAUUAGGUCAAGGAGGAUACGGUGUUGUUUACAAAGCAAGUUUACUUGAUGGACGUCAAGUGGCGGUGAAAGUGAUAAACGAGUCAAAGGGAAAUGGAGAAGAAUUCAUAAAUGAAGUUGCGAGUAUUAGUAGAACAUCACAUGUGAACAUCGUUUCACUUUUAGGUUUUUGUUAUGAGAACAAAAGAGCACUAAUAUAUGAAUUCAUGUCCAACGGGUCAUUGGAUAAGUUUAUCCUUAAAAGAGGAUUUCCCAAUACAAUUUGUAGUUUGGAUUGGAACACAAUGUACCAAAUUGCAAUCGGCAUUGCUCGAGGACUAGAAUACUUGCAUCAAGGAUGUAUUUCAAGAAUUUUGCAUCUUGAUAUCAAACCCCAAAACAUUCUUUUGGAUGAAAAUUUUUGUCCAAAAAUCUCUGAUUUUGGACUAGCUAAAAUAUGUCAAAGGAAUGAUAGCGUUGUGUCUAUACUUGGUACAAGAGGAACUAUAGGAUACAUAGCACCAGAAGUAUUCAGUCGAACAUAUGGUGGUGUUUCUCACAAGUCUGACGUAUACAGUUAUGGUAUGUUAAUUCUAGAAAUGAUUGGUGGAAAAAAGAAUUAUGACACUAGAGGUUCAUGUACUUCUGAAAUGUAUUUUCCAGACUGGAUUUAUAAGGAUCUUGAACAGGGUAAUAAUAAUCUUGAGAAUUGUUUAGCAAGUUCAAAUGAAGAAAAUGACAUGGUGAGAAAGAUUACUAUGGUGAGUCUAUGGUGCAUUCAAAUCAAUCCAUUAGAUAGACCAUCAAUGAGUAAAGUAAUAGAAAUGCUACAAGGACCACUUCAGUCAGUGUCAUAUCCUCCAAAGUUUUUCUUACAUUCUCCUGAAGUGUCAUCAUUAUAAACUUCAUAUGUGUCUUCCUGCAAUUUGUUAAAGACAAAUUCAAUAGAGAGUGGUGAAAGGUGAAAAUGUAAUUGUACUGUAAUUAUAAUUGUAGGUAUAAGUAUAAUUUUGCAUAUCCA